AUGCCCGUCACCGACGAGGAAGCUGCAUUGGCGGCCGUUGCGACCCUGCACUCCUUGUCCCCUGAGCAGACUGAGGCCCUGGACGGCAUCAACGCCAUUCUGCACAACGGCGAGCCCUUUGUCGACGUCCAUGAGCUGUUCGCCCUGUAUAAUCUUCUCUACUUCCGAAAGCUACUCCUCCCACGUGUUGAAGUCAUCUGGUCGCCGCGCUUGACUCUGUGCGCUGGCAUCUGUGAGUUAUCCAAGGACCCCAAGACCGGAAAGUUCACGCGCAUCCGUCUGAAGCUGUCGACACCUCUGCUGCAGUACCGUCCACGCUCCGACACCAUCAACACCCUGCUCCACGAGUCGAUCCAUGCCUACUUCUUUAUCACCACCUCGUGGAAGCACUCGCGCGGAGAUGAUGGAACUGGACAUGGCGUUGGCUUCCAGCUGCUCGCAGACGCCGUAAACAACCACGGCAACUAUCAAGUCACCAUAUACCACACCUUUCACGAUGAAGUCGACAGCUACCGAACACACGUCUGGCAGUGCGACGGGCCUUGCAAGAACCAGCCCCCGUACUUUGGCCUGGUCAAGCGAGGCAUGAACCGAGCUCCUGGCAAGGGUGACACGUGGUACUCGAGACAUCAGGCCGAGUGUGGGGGGGCAUUCCAGAAGGUGCAAGAGCCAGCGCCGACCAAAAAGCAAUUGGAGGCCAUGAGCACCAAAGAGCGCGCGGGACGACAGAAGAAUAAGCUGGAUAACUGGAUCAAAAAAGACGUCAAAGUGGAGGGUAAAACCCCUGCUAUGCCCAUUGUCAUUGGAGCAGAGGAUGAUGCUUCAACAUCUUUUCAAGCUGGCCAGAAACGGCCGCUAGUGGGCGAGGACCAUGAGCCUGUCGUCCAGAAGAAGUUGCUUGUCGACUGUCCGAUCUGUAGUAUCAGAUUAGCCGAGUCCGAUAUCAACGAACAUCUGGACGUAGAACACCUUUGA